AUGAAGCUUCUCGCCCCCAUCCUCUUCGCCGGUGUGACACUUGCGGAGACGAACUUCACACCCUCGGUCAACGGCGGCGACAAGCAGUUGUCUUCACUCGGUGCUGCAAAGAUAAUCACGCAGUCCCCAACAGAAUGGAGAGUUGGCUUUGUAAAGGACGACAAGCCCGGGGAUGCAGUAUUGACCCUCUAUGAGAAUGGCUACCUCGGAGACCGUUUCCUCAUGCGGUCAGUGGAAGAUGGGAUAUGGGCCUUGAUUGCGGAUCAUGUUGCUACUAGGCGGUAUCCCUGGACCAUUUCGGAUUGA